UGUAAGUGGGUGUGUGGAAAAAUGGAAUUCAUACGUAACUGGGAUUGUUACAUAAGGCCACUUUAGUGCAAGUUCCAGUGAUCACAGGGAGAUAAGAACCUGAUUUUGGGGAAAACUCGGUCUGAAAGCCAGAAACUGUUUAAAGGGAGGAUUCCUGGACAACAGGUAACAAGAGGAGGGGAUAAUGACGGCGACAAGGAAGUGUACCUGGUGAUUGUGGGAUUGGCAGUCACGUAAGAGGAAAUAUUCUGACAGGUUUAUGAGGAGUGCACAGGAGCAAACCAGCCGUGAAUGUUGACGGAGCCGGCUGCUGGAGUCAGACCUUCAGGAGCACGCAGCACACUGGCCUCACUGGAGACGUUUCACUGUUAGACCUGUGGAGUUUGAUCUUUUUGUGUCAACGAUGACAGAGGAGAAAGAAUUAUCCUACAAGGAAGCCAUCGAGAAGGCCGGCUCCGCCAUCACUCGUUUCCCCGUCAUCAAGAUCCAAGACGUUCCUCUCAUGUCCCACAUUGCUUACAACUGGGACUCCAUCUGGGCUUUCCGUCCCGACCCAUCAGACCUGCUCAUCGCCACCUACCCCAAAGCAGGGACCACGUGGACACAGGAAAUAGUGGACUUGCUUCUUCACAACGGAGACGCCGAUGCCUGCAAAAGAGCCCCCACCCCCGUCCGCAGCCCCUUCCUAGAAAUCUGCUCCCCUCCGCCGAUACCCUCAGGUCUUGAUCUCCUGAAGAAAAUGGAUCCACCUCGACUCAUCAAAACCCACCUUCCCUUCAAGCUGGUGCCUCCUGCCUUUUGGGAGAAUAAAUGCAAGGCUAUCUAUGUGGCACGCAACGCCAAAGACAACCUGGUGAGCUACUACUACUUUGACCUGAUGAAUAAGACGCAGCCUGAACCGGGACCCUUUGCCGGCUACAUCCACAAGUUCAUGACAGGAGAGUUGUCUUGGGGCUCCUGGUAUGAUCAUGUAAAGGGUUAUUGGAUGGAGAGAGAGAAGAAGAAUAUCCUUUACCUCUUCUACGAGGACAUGAAAGAGAAUCCUCGUCGUGAGGUGGAGCGCAUCAUGAGGUAUCUGGACUUGUCACUCUCAGAUGAGGUCAUCAGCCAAAUUGUGGAACUCACAUCUUUUAAGAACAUGAAGGACAACCCCAUGGCCAACUACUCCUGCAUCCCGUCGCCUGUGUUUGACCAGUCCAUCUCUCCCUUCAUGAGGAAAGGUGAGGUUGGUGAUUGGAAGAACCAUUUCAGCCCUGAGCAAACAAAGAUCUUUGACGAAGACUACGAAAAGCAAAUGAAGGACGUCAACAUACCGUUCAGGAGUCUCAUCUAAAGGAUUUUUUCUUGUGAAAGUUCUCUCUACACACCAAAAGGGCUGAUGAACUGACACCUCGCAGCACUAAGACAGUCAGUAAAAUCAGGCACAAGCUAAAACAACCAAAAAAAAUGUUGUUUUUUUACAAUCACAUUUUAUGUCUUAACUCUGAAUGUUGUAAUCACUGCACUGCAUUAUAAAAACAAAUACAAAUGAGCUUCACAAUAGAAGAAAAAGAGUUUUUAUCCAUCACUUUAUUGUAGAGCUUAUCACGUAAACAAUAAAUAAGACCAGAAGUGUUGUGACUGA